CACUUUGGCCAUCUCCGGACGAUAAUGCCCCUCGGUUCGGAAACUAACAGAUUGAAUUUACUUUUAUGGAGUUUUGGACGUUCUCGUCAUUUUGUGUUCAAAAGUGGUGGGCCAUAGAUACUAUUUGGGUUAUUUUCGAAUUACUUUAACGGGUUUUUAGACUUUCGAUGUUUUCCGUCUGUGUCCCGAUUUUUAUACACUAUUUUGUCCUUUAGUGCCGUUGGACUGGAGGGCUUUUUAGUAAAAUUCAGUACUCAUUUUACUGUACUCACGAACAUUGCGCCGGGAAUUCCGCCUUCCUGUCUCAAAAAAAUCAACCUCUCGCCCCUCUCUCGCUCUUUCUCGCUCAAACGAAAGUUGGCCCAAAAAAAGGAAAAAAAAGAAAUGAGAAACUCGUUACGUUCUCUGGACUGUAACGAAGAGUGAGAAAGGGGUGGUGGUGGGAGGGCGACGAACUCUCCACCACCGUCGACCAACAACACCGACGACCAGAACUACCGGCGGCGCCUCCACCUCCACCUCCGGCGACCACCACAAGAGGCGAAAUCUGGUUGGCUCAGCAUUGGCGAAUACAACCGACGACCCCCACAACCGAUGCCACACCAUGGUCUCUCUCUCUCUUUAUGAGGAUUUUUUGAAAUUUGGGAGGAGCUCAGCGGCUUGGUCGUCUUCGGCUCCAAAAUCAAAUACGAGGACGGCACAAAUAUGGUCGAUAGUCGGUUGUUUCAGAACUCUACCAAAUCCUGUGAGUCCUUUUCCCCUUAUCACCAUAACGAUUAGGUUUUAUUAUGUUCAUAUUCAGGAAGUGUUGCAACGGGCAACAUUUGAUAGCUAUUCACAAGUGGGUGUCGUAUUUUAUGCGAUGGAUGCUGUGGAAUCACCUCCAACAUACUUUAGAACCAACUGCUUUACGAAUUCAUUUCAGGAAAUUGUUGAUGCGUAUGGUGUUGCUAGAUAUCAGGAAGCAAAUCCAGUGGUGUAUACUAUUAUUGCAUUCCCAUUUCUUUUCGCUGUGAUGUUUGGGGACUGGGGUCAUGGAAUAUGUUUGUUGUUGGGAGCCUUAUUCCUUAUAUCUCACAAAAGCAAGCUUGGGUCACAGAAACUUGGGAGUAUUAUGGAGAUGGUAUUUGGCGGCCGCUAUUUGCUUCUUUUGAUGUCUCUGUUUUCGAUUUACUGUGGGCUCAUUUACAAUGAGUUUUUUUUCUGUUCCCUAUCAUAUAUUUGGAGGUUCUGCUUACAAAUGCCGAGAUGCUACAUGCAGGUAUAUCUUGUCCUACUAUUUUUUCUUCUUUCAAUAGUCUUCAAAUCCACAAGGGUCUAUAAAGGAACCAAGUUCUUAGAAGUGGCUUACACUUUGCCAUACCCGAACGAAAAUGCCCCUGGCUUCAAACACAUGGAAUUUCAAUUUGCUUCUUCGUAUGUUGGGCGUUUUAGUAAUUUCGCACCCAAAACUGGUGGGCCAUGGACACUAUUUGAGUUAUUUAUAGAUUACUUUAACGGGUUUUUGGACUUUUGUGGUUUUCCCUCUGUGUCCUUUUUUUUGCAUUCUAUUUUGUCUUUUGUGCUCAUUUGAGAGAGGGGUUUUUGGUAAAAUCAGUCGACCUAACAGUGAUUCACGCAAAUUACGCCAGAAAUUACGUUUGCUCUCUCUCUCUCUCUCUCUGGUGAACGAUCAGAGAGAGAGCGACGGAGAGAACGAAUUCGAGAAGACGGAGCAUCGUUACAGAUGAUCGAUGAGAUCUACUCCAACGACGUCACGAAUUCCAGCGUCGCAGGCCGAUCAUCAAAUAGGUUGCAGAAAUCGAAGAUUGAACUGAAGAAGAAGAAGAAGAAGCCGUAAAUGGAAGAGCAAAGCGAGAGAAAAUUCCCAGCCUUCCCAUUCAAACCCUACUCGAUUCAGAUCGACUUCAUGAACGCCCUCUAUCAAUCUCUCGACUGAGGCGGCAUUUCCAUGCUCGAAAGCCCCACCGGCAAGAAAGAGUGUCCUUAGAAUUUUUAGAGAUAUUAUGGAGGAGAGGAGAAAUUCCUUGACAAAUAAUUAUGACAUGCUGGACUAUCUGCUAAAGGAAGAGGAUCCAAGAUACAAACUCAAUGAUGAGGAAAUUCUUGAUCAAGUAGUUAUGAUUCUCUAUUUGGGUUUCAAAACCGUAUCGACUACUUCAAUGAUGGCCAUCAAGUAUCUUCAUGAUCAUCCAUCAGCUCUUCAAGAAAUCAGAGUGAGCAACAGUCUAUACAUUGUCAAAAAUUGAUCAUAUUUGAUGAAAACUGGUAGGGUCAAUAACUCUGUUUCGAUGCAAUUGUCUGUAGGAUGAGCAUUUUGCAGUAAGAGGAAGGAAAAAGCCAGAAGAGCCACUUGACUGGAAUGAUCACAGGUCGAUGGUUUUUUACACGUGCGGUAAGCAAGUUGACAAACCUACUCUACAUGGCCAGAAAUCUUGUCGCCGAGAAUCUGUCCUUCUCUCCUAACGUACUGUAAACUAAACUAAACAUGGAGAAUCUCCGGGUACCAAAUGCCGAGACAUCAUCAUGCGGUUGUAACUCGCAAAUGUAUUGGUAGAGGGGGACAAAGAUUUUGAGAAUAAAGGAUCUUGCACCUCUCAGUACCAAUUCCCCUUCUAAGUCCUAAUAUACUUAUUGGAACCGUAUAUCUCUCAAUGCAGGUGAUAUUUGAAACAUCAAGAUUGGCCACAGUUGUCAACGGAAUUUUGAGGAAGACAACCGAAGGAAUGGAAUGGAAUUGAACGGUAUGCUGCGAAACUCUUAGUUCGAACUAGGGCAGAAUUUUUUUGAGCCGCUUGUUCAUUAGGGUUUUUCCUGGAGAAAAAAGAGGGACAGAUUUGCAAUUUCAUGUUUACUCUUACUCAGGAUAUUUUAUUCCAAAAGGAUGGAGAAUCUACAUUUAUACAAGGGAGAUCAACUACGAUCCUUUCCUAUAUCCAGAGCCUCAGAAAUUUAAUCCAUGGAGAUGGCUGGAAAAGAGCUUGGAAUCUCACAACUCCUGCUGCUUGUUUGGAGGGGGAAGCAGGCUUUAUCUGGGAAAAGGAGUUGGGAAUAGUUACAAUUGCGAUAUUCCUUCACUACUUCGUCGCUAGAUACAGGUACUCAAAUUCUAUGUUACUCAUCCAAUUCCGAGUCCUGUGGUGGCAGCAACUAUGUUACACAGACUCUUCUGUACGUUUAAAGUACUUGUGUCUGGUACUCUCUACACUUGCGCAAGGGUGCAUGAUACAUGCAUGUCUGGAAAAGUGUCUAGACGCUCACUUGAAAACCAUGUGCAAUGGUUCAAGUUUACUGUUGGGAAAUUGUGUGUAGAAAGCUAAAGCAUAAUGAAUGAAAUGCUAUAGGACAUCAAGCAAAUGUCAUAAUAUAUCCAUGCUGGAGAGAGACUUUUGCUUACCAUGGGCUUUAGUUCAAGCCUAUUUUUUGAUUGAUGUGCUUGAUUUCAAAUCAUAAAUACGGAGUGGGGAGCAUGUGUGAACAUAUGCCCAACAUUCCCAAUAGCUGAUUUGGGGACCCCAUCUGUGAAGGAACAUGUACAUAAUCUGCAUGGUUCAAUGUUUCUUGGGGAGGAGGAUCAAUAUAAGCCUGCAAAUGAGGUGCAGGGGGCUGAAAGUUAACUCCAGCUUGCUGCAAUUCAGCCCCAAUUUGCUGCUGCUGUACAUUAACAGGCACAGAUCUCUCAAACUCAUACUUAGGCUGUGACGACAGAGUUUGAGGGGUAGUUGACAUCAUCAUCUGAAUACACAACGGAGCAGUAGACACUUCAGCAUUAUAUGAAGGGGUAGGAUCCACACAAACCUAUCUUGGGUUAUGUUUCUUGAGUUGUGGCAGCAUUGGCUUUAGGAGAAAACACACAAGUAGAUUUGGCCUGACCCAUCAAUAGCCUCGUUCCCACUCAUGUCCGAAUUCUGCGUGGAUGUUGCACUUGCCAUGCUCACCUUCCUUGCGAUACUCCCCUGACUCCACCCAUGAUCCCAUUCACUGCCUCAAAGUAUCACUGCCCACUAUCUUGCAAUUCGCCGUAUUGCAUCAGCCCAGAAGAAUCAAGCUCUGAAAUUGAAAAUAGAAACACCCUCAACUUAAAAGACCCAUCCGAAGACCUCUCGACGAAUUUCUCGUACUCAUCCAUCAUAUUUUCGGGAUCAUCGAAGCAGGACUCUCACAACAGUUUCUCGGGAACCGCUCCAAAAACUAAUCAAGCUUUACUUGCAUUCAUUCUUGUCUUCUUCCAUAACAAACAUCGCCAUCUUCAAAUGCUCAAAACAAUACAUUUUCGGAAAAUUGUACUUAGCACGCGAUUCGUGCAAAGCAUGUCGCGUGACACUAGUUUUAUUUAUAAAAUUGGGUGCGGCCCUUUUUCGGGAAAGCGCGGCGAAACGCUUACAAUUCAGAGUCGCCACUUGGGUUUUGCGGUGUGCACCCAAGAAAUCGAACUUGAAACGCUUGCUAAGUUGUAUGAUUU